AUGGAAAUAGAAAAUCGUAAGUGCAUAUGUGGCAAAAGACGUGCUAAUUUAAAUAACACAAAUUGGUCGCGGCACUUGGCGUCUUGUAAAAAAGUUAAAUUGAGUCUUACAUCACAAAGUGUUUCAUCAUUUUUUAAAAAAUCAAGACCAACUUCUGAUACAGACUAUCCUGCCUUAACAAAUAAUAGAAAGGAAACACAAAACAACGUUCCAGCGUUAUUAAAUAAUUGUUUGAUUGGACAACAAAAUGAUGAUGAUGAACUAGAAUCGAAGAACCCGGAUAUUGAGAGUUCUACUGCAAUUGAAAUUAAUGGUGCAUCAUCCAGUCAAGUUGUUACUUUGGUCCCAUCAGACUAUCCUGCCUUAACAAAUAAUAGAAAGGAAACACAAAACAACGUUCCAGCGUUAUUAAAUAAUUGUUUGAUUGGACAACAAAAUGAUGAUGAUGAACUAGAAUCGAAGAACCCGGAUAUUGAGAGUUCUACUGCAAUUGAAAUUGAUGGUGCAUCAUCCAGUCAAGUUGUAACUUUGGUCCCAUCAGCAUAUAAAGAACUUAAUGAUCUUAGCAACGAUCCUGCUAUUUUGAGUCAAAUUGAAAAUAUUGAUCCAGGAUUGAUAAGCUAUUUUUUGAAGAUGGGUGCUGCUCAACCAUUGCCUACUGAAUUGCCUGACAAACAAUUUCCCAGGGACCAUAAUGGCAGAUCUUUUCAUGAAUCCUGGUACUGGAAUAAACGGUCUACUGGUGAAGUAUUACAAAGAAAAUGGCUAUCUUACUCUAUUAAAAAUAAAAAAAUAUAUUGUUUGUACUGUGCAUUGUUCGCCCGUAAUAAUAAGCCAAACUGGACAAGACAUGGGUUUUCUAACUGGAACAAAGGUACCACUAGUAUAAUAAUGCAUGAAACUUCAGAAGCUCAUAUUAUGGCUUCGAUAAAAGCAGCAUAUAGGCAAGUUGAAUAUCCUCUUAUACAUUCUAUGAAAGAAUCCUCCAUUGCUAAUAUUGCUUUUAAUAAAGAAAUUGUUAAACACUUAAUUGAUUUAACAAUGUAUCUAGGCAGACACUCUUUACCUUUUCGAGGUCAUAGAGAAGGAUGGCAAGAAAAUAUUCGAGGUAAUUAUAAAGAUUUGGUUUUACUUCUUGCAAAAUAUUCGCCUGUUCUAUCUUCUUAUGUUACAAGUGUUGAGUUAAAAGGAAGAAAAACUUACAAUUUUAUAUCUUGGCAGAGACAGAACCAACUAAUUGAAGCCAUUUAUAGAAAUAUACAUGAUGUAAUUAAAAAAGAAAUCUUAACUGCUGUAUUUUUUAGUAUUUCAUUAGACACGACAUUCGAUGUAUCACGAAAAGAACAACUAUCUUUAGUCAUUCGCUAUAUCAACAAAGAAAAUGGCACUGUUUGUGAAAGACUUGUUGCUCUACGUGAGACUGUCCUGACUACUGGAAAACAUUUAUUAACAAUGUUGGAUACAAUUUGUUUAGAAAUGAGUUUAGAUUGGAGAACAAACCUUGUUGGUCAAUCAUAUGAUGGUGCAGCGUCCAUGAAAGGUUCCUAUAAUGGACUUCAAUCUCUUGUUAAAAAAGAAAAUCCGUGUGCAGUGUACGUUUGGUGCUGGGCUCAUCGGUUUAAUCUAGUUGUUGUUGAUGCUGUAAGCUGUUGCAUAGAGGCUCGAGAUUUAUUUGGAUAUUUAGAAACUUUAUAUGAUUUUAUAGGAAGUAGUAAGAAGCGUGUACAUGUUUAUAGUACUAAUCAGAAAACAAGGUAUCCAAAUAAACUACUUCGAAGACUCAAGCGAGUUGAAACCACUCGAUGGUCAUCUCAUUCGUCUUCUCUUCAAACUGUUCUUGAUACUUAUGAUGCUAUUAUUGACACAUUGUUUGAUAUUAAAGAUGACCCUAUGACAGAUAGAGUUUCAAGUGUUAAAGCUGGAAGCUUACUUGAUUACUUAUUGCAAGAACGAUUUUUAUUAACAGCACUUAUCUUCAAAAAAAUAUUUGAUAAAACCAGUACUCUUAGUAAAUGUCUGCAAAGUGUUGAUAUUGAUUUAUGUUCUGCUAUUAGCCAUGUUCAACAAACUCUUAAUACUAUCAAGACAUUCAGAAAAUUUUCUUUUACACCAUUGCCUGUCAAUAGAAUUCGUCGUACUAAAAAAAUGCCUGGGGAAAUCUCUUCCGAUCAACGUAUAAUUGACCAAAUAGAAAAUUUUAAAGUCAAUACUUUCUAUACGAUUCUCGAUAUUACCACUACUCAAAUAACUACAAGGUUCAAUGAAGAAACAAUGCCAUUUUUUAAAGACUUAAGUCUAUUUUCACAUAAACGGUUAAGAGAAGUGGCUGAGACCAAUAUUAUACCGAAAGAUGCGUUCAAAGGGUUUUCGGAAGUAUACGGUAAAUUUGUUGAUGAGGAAUCUUUAAAACACGAAUAUAUUCAGUUCUCCAAAUCAUACUUUGAUUUUGAAAAAAUAAUGAAUCUACCAGUAAAAUUUGAUGACACCAACAAGGAUUCUUGGAUACAAUUUGAUACUGAUGGCGAUGAUGAUGAUGAUGAUGGAUUAAAAGAAAUAUUCCCAACCAUGUACACAGCACUGAGUAUUGCUGUUACCCUACCAGUAUCUAGUGCUUCACCUGAACGAGCGUUUUCAAAAUUAAAAUUAGUGAAAAACCGUUUAAGAAGCACUAUGUCAGAAGAUCGAUUGGAAGCACUUAUGAUAAUGGCAUGUGAAUUAGAUAUACAAAUUGACACAGAAUGUGUGAUCAAAUACUUUGCUUCCAAUAGUUCAGUUCUUGCUAAGCUGCUUACUUAA